AUGUUCAAUCACAAGUUACCGACUGACUUUCCAAUGCAAACCCUUCGUAAGAAAACCAGCCCUUGCAAAUACAAGAACGAGCCGGGCCGGUUCUUAGGCGAGGGCGUAUCAUUUCGCGCGAAGCUAAUCGGCGUACUUGAAGUACCCGAGGCCCGGGGAGACAGGAUGUGUCAAGAAGCGCUAGCGGACUUGAAGAUGGCCAUCCGAGCGGCUGGAGAACAUAAACAGAGGAUACAAGUCCACGUCGCCAUAGAUGGACUGAGGCUACGGGAUGAUAAAACUGGGGAUUCCUUGUAUCACCAUCCGGUCCACAAGAUAUCGUUCAUCGCGCAAGACAUGACGGACUCCAGGGCGUUUGGCUACAUAUUCGGAUCUCCAGACACCGGCCAUCGGUUCUUCGGUAUCAAGACUGAUAAAGCUGCUAGUCAAGUAGUAAUAGCAAUGAGAGACUUAUUCCAAGUAGUGUUUGAGCUCAAAAAGAAGGAAGUGGAGAUGGCCAAACAGCAGUUGGAAGGCAAAACGGUCACCAGCAGUUUGGUCCGGCACGCGACCAACGCUUCCACGGAGAGCAAAACAAAGAGUAUUGCAUCAGUUGGUGAGACGAGCUCCACCGCAGCUAAGACCUCAGACGUGGGGGCUGAGGGGGGCGUGGCCGAGCUGGUCGACUUAGAACAGGAGCUCAGCUCACUUAGAAGAGGUUUAACUCAAGUCGAGGGUCUGACUCCUUCCAAUGAUCCAUUCGGAGACUCCUUUACUACGUUGCCGUCGCAGAAGGGAUUACUUCCCCCUCCCCCAUCUGGGGCGUCUACCCGAGGGCGUAGCACCCCAGCCGCUCCUACUUCAGCCCGAGGCGUCUUCAGCCCCGGCAAGGCAGCCCCCCCUCUUCCCUUCGACCUCGCCACCGUCGCCGCGGAAUUCGAACCUACACCUGCUCUAGUCGACAACCUCACUGAACCUCCGGAGCUCAAAAAUCCGCCAAAGAAAGUGCUCAAAGACCUCGUAUCGACACAGAGUCUAAUAUCAGACAUAUUGCCGGUGACCACAGACACUAAGAUAGAGCAUUACGGGCCGGCGACGACGAUGACGUCACUGUCGCGGCACUCGGGCGGCUCGGUCGCGAUCGUCAAGCCGACGCAGACUGCCAUGUUCUCGGGAAACUUUUUCUCGUCCGACCCGUUUGCGGAGACCGAUCCUUUCGAUAACACUGAUCCGUUUUCGGAUUCAUUCAAAGACGAUCCCUUCACAAGUAUGCAGGAGUUCCCGAAGUCGAGUGUACUGAGAGUAGAUGAGCUCAAGAGCAAGCUGAGCAGGGAGGCGACCCUGGACAAGCCGGAGCCGGAGCCAAGCAACGUCUUCAACGGACCGCUGCAGGUCUCCCUGCCGCCGGAGCCCGCGCCCAAGUCCCCGCGACUACAGAGACAGAGCACAGAGGGCAGCACAGUCCGCCAGCGGCCCCAGGCACACAAGUUGAGUGCAGAGAGCGCGUCCCCCCCUCCCCCGCUGCCCCCCAAGAAGGUGUGCGAGGUGGCAGGGAGCAGGCCCCCGCCGCGCCCCCCACACGACCACGACGACGAAGACGUGGGACCGCCACUGCCUAAACCUGCUAUGCGACGCGAACCACUGGCGGACCGCAGUAUGAAGCCCCGCCUGUCGUCUGGCGCUACGUACAGUAGCGAGGACGAGUACCUGACGCCGGCCCCCCCGCCCCUGCCCACUGCGCGACGGUUCGACAUCACGCUCAGCCAACUACUCACAUGCACCAUGGAUGAACUCGCUCACAGGUUGCGAGUUCCUGCCACGACCUUGUCUUCUAUGACUCUACCUCAGCUGACCGAUUACCUCAGAUCAUACUUAGCCGCCGAUAAUGAUAGAGCGCACAUACACGUAGAACCAACAAUGAAAACUGAAAAAGAGAAGCCUGUACCAGUAAUAUCAGCGCUACCCACACCGAGCAUACAACCACUCGAGAAACCUUCAACCGUCGUCGUUCCGAACGAUUUCAAACCGCAAUUCGAAGACAACUUCACACCGCCCGCUGACAUAAGCGACACAUUCGUAGCUAACUUCGAUGACUUCGACAAGAAAGCAAAUCCUUCGUACGAUAGAUACGCAGCCUUUAGAGAAAUACAGGAAGAGGAAUUAAAAGCAAAAUCUAUUUUAGACCCUAUUGAUGCGUUAGAGAGUGAACCGAAGCAAGAUUCGGAUGAGAAAGAGUUGACGGCAAUAGAUAAUCUUAUGAGAGCCAAUCAGGAGCGAGAGAAUGAAAGUAAAGAACCGGCUCGUAGUCCAUUAAAAACGUUGGACGAAUUAACGCUAGAUUCCUUCAACAUGUUCCGUAAUUCUGUAAGUCCCAAACCGUCGCAAAUUGAUGCGAAGAUAGAAGAUAUAAAAUCUGUUAUGAAGACGUUACAGAUAGAAAAAUCUAGAAGGAGUGUGUCGCCGCGGGAUAAUGGACAUGUUGAUGUUAAACUUGAAGAUACUAAUGAUAGGUAUGCAGCAUUACGCGAAAUCACAAUAACGGAGCCACCACAAGACGAAUUCGAGUCCCUACCACCAGAACUACCAAAAGAAAGAAAGAGAUCGGAUGAGAAAUCCGACGGGUUCGACAAUUCCGACUUUUUCGACUGCAUCGACAAUAGUUCCCUCUCUUUCACACACGUGGAGGAUGCCUUUAGAAAGAGUCCUAUUGUGAAAGAGAGAGAAGAAGAGAAGAAAGUUGAGGAGAAGAAAGAGCCAGUAGUGGAGAUUGUUCCGUUGCCCGUGAGAGACUUGGCCCCGCCCACUCGACUGUCCACUGGGUCUAUUAGUGAUGUGGUCAGCGGGUCCUCGCCUGAUACUAAAGAGAAGCUAGGCUCGGUGGUGGUGGGCGUGGGUCGCGGCGCGGGCGGGGCGGGCGGCGCGCGCGGCGGGCGCUGGGCCGUGCUGGGCGCGGCGCCGCCCUCGGCCGGCUCGUCCGACUCCCGGGACUCCGAGCCGCGCGCGCGCCCGCGUCGCCGGCAUCACGAGCCCCCCGCACGGGCACCCAUCGUACAAACAUCAUCAUCAUCACGCGACGUGUCGCCCUGGGACGAGGAACUGCCGCCCGUCACGAGGUUGCAACGACCACCUUCACAUAGAGAUAGAGACUCCAGACACAAUUCCUCCGGCUCAAGAGAAUGUCUAGACUCAGGCAGCGGAAGAGAGAAAGACAAAAUUAGAGACAAACGUGACAUGAGAGACAGAGAGAGGGACAUGAGUAGAGACGGCAGAGACUCCGCUAGAGACAGGAGAGACUCAGCCAGAGACUCUGGCAGUGGGCGGGAUCGUCGUGACGUCAGCAAGGAGAGGGACCACAGGGAUCAUAGGGACAGAAGAGAUCGUAGGAGUAGGGACAGAGAGAAUGACUCGUGGGACAGAGACAGAACAUAUAGUAGAGAGAGGGAAUACAGGGACUCGAGGAGUAGAGAGAGACUGCCUAAAGACUAUAGAGACAAGGACAGGGAUAGACACAGGAAACCUAGGCACUCGUAUGACGAGGAUGAAGAUUACAGUGACGGCUGCGGUUCCGGGAGAUCGUCGCCCAGAGACCGGUGGCCAGACCAACGCUGGAGGAGAGACGAGAGAAAUUACGGGUCACUCGGUUGGCGGGAGACGAGACGUCGUGCUGAGUUGAGGCAAAGUGAAGAUUCCGCUGAAAGGAGGUACGGUUCGACGCUAGGCUGGUCAGGUCGUCGUUCAGGCCCGCGGCGGUCAUCAUCCCGGGAACGCGACCGUGAAGCUGCCCGCGACCCGCCGCGUGACUCCCGCCGUCGCACCCGACGAGACGACACACGCAGGCCCAGAGACUAUCGGUUCUCUAACGACUUCUCACCUAGAGAACGAGAACACACAUCACCUUUUGAUAACGACUUCCAAGACACACCCACACCCACCGGCAAGAAGAGGGCACCUUACUCCAAUUUGGAGGGCACUAGAUUCGCAUUCGAGCCGGAAGACGCCACCGCGUCCCCUGUAUCAGUGAGCAGCGCCCGCGCCCGCGACAGCGAGCAGAGUGCCACGCGGUUCCGGUUCGACUCGGACUCUAUAUCGCCGCGGUCCAUGUUCGAGGACGACUUCGCAGCCGCGCCUCGACCUAGAACAGCUUCCAUCGCGGAGGAAGAGGAAGGAGACCUACCACCCCUCCGUCCUCGCCCUCCCCCCUCCAAUAACCGGGAUAUCCGUAAGUCUGACUCCAUUAACAUCUUCACCCGGGAGUCAGAUCCCUUCGAAGGUGACGCGUUCUUCGCGUGCACUGGCUCCGACCGCGCCGCGCGACGUGAGAACUGGCCCGGAGACUUCCAAGGCUUCGACAACGCGUGA